AUGUUAAACGGGAAAACAACUGCUGCUGAAAAGGACGGAACUGUAAAAGUUGUUGUUCAGAUGAUCGUGUUUACCUUUAUUAUAAUUGCUACAUUUGUAGGCAACGGUUUAAUCUGUAUUUCUGUGGUGAAAUUCCGCCAUCUGAGAACAAACACGAAUUUCAUCUUGCUUAGCUUAGCGCUGACUGAUUUGACAAUGGUAUCAAUAAUGAUUCUUAACGCUACAACCACCGCCAUCGGAAAGUGGAUUUUUGGCGAGUUUUGCUGUCGUGCGAUCGCCUCUGUUGGUCUCACGUUGUCGUUUAUUUCAAUUCUUCAUAUGUGUUUGUUGAGCGUUGAUCGCUAUAUCGCCAUCCAGAAACCACUUCGUUAUCAAUUUAUAGUUACAAGAAGAAGAGUGAUAACAAUUUUGUUGCUAAUUUGGGUGUCAGUGAGUGUCACUCUGAACAUACCACUAGCUGACUUCGAGUUCCGCGCAGACACUUAUGGGUGCACAAGUGACUCCAACCGUGACUCCAGUGAAGAUUCCGUGUACAUUUUCUUCCUUGUGGGACUAUUUAUCAUUUUUCCAUUUGGAAUAAUUUUCUUCUCCAACGUUGUUGUCUUUAAAACCGCCUUCACACAAGCAAGGCAGCUGAGCAGAGUUGAACGAAGCCUGCGCGAAUCAUCCGCAAACAUGUGUGAAGAAAGCGAGCCACAACACUCAACGAGAACUGUCGAAACACACUCUUUGAAGCGGGAAAUAAAAUCAGCCGGGACUUUCGCCUUGGUUGUUGGAAUAUUUCUGCUCUGUUAUACGCCAUUUUACACGGCUGGAACAUACAGAAAAAUUGCUGGACCUCUGAAGGUUCCUCGUAAUGUGCUAGUAACGACAAUGUGGGUUGGGUUUGCCAAUUCGUUUUGCAACCCAAUUGUCUAUGGAUUGAGGUAUUCACCAUUUCGGAAGGCCUUCAAAAAAUUAUGCCCCUUAAAAUCAAAAGGGAAUAGGAAAAGAAAUUACAGUUAUAAUUCUUCAAGUGAUCGGCGCGAUCGAUUUGGAACGGUUUUGUCAACUAGUUCUGCUCUGUAA